AUGUGGCAGCCCAGGGGAGUCAGAGGUGGCGUGCUGCCCGGGAAUAGGUCCUCUUCUCCGGUUCUUCUGAGGACUCCACCUGUCUGCCCAACUGCCUCAGGAGACCAGAUCUCCCGGCCCAAGAAGAGAGCAGAGACGCUGCUCUUCAGCCGCACUUGCGUCAUCGCCAACUGUGAUGACCAGCUGUGUCUGAUGUUCCAACAGGGUGCUGUAUCGUGCUCAGAUGAUGAGCUGCUGCCCUCAGACGAUGAGUGUCCAAGCAGCCGAGAUCAGUCCCACCUCAGUUUUGAGAUCAAAAGCGAUGACGGCUUCAGUGUGGAGGCAGACAGCGUAGAGGAGGCCUGGAGAGCAGUGAUAGACUGUGUCCAGGAGGCGCGGGCGGGGGCCAGGUUUAGGCAGCUGUCCUUCUCUGGGAUGACAGGUGCCCAUAUGCUGGGCCUGCUCCACGAUACAGUGGUCUUCCUGGUGGAGCAACUCCAGGGGACCCGCUGCUGCCAUAGCCACGCCUUCCGCUUCUUUAAACAGUUCAGCCAAGAGGAGGACCUGCCUGUCAACCCCUCUGGAUGCGCCCGCUCUGAGGUCUACCUCAGGAAGACCACCUUUGACAUGUUCAACUUCCUGGCUUCCCAGCACCGCCAGCUGCCUGACAUCAACCCCUAUGAUGAGGAAGAAGAUGAAGUCCCACUCAAAUCCACAAGGUCUGCUAUCCACGGCAGAGGUCUGUUCUGCAAGAGGAACAUCGACGCUCAGGAGAUGGUCAUCGAGUAUGCCGGCAUCGUCAUUCGCUCAGUGCUCACAGACAAGCGAGAGAAGUACUACGAUGGCAAGGGUAUCGGCUGCUACAUGUUCCGUAUCGAUGACUUUGACGUGGUGGACGCCACCAUGCACGCCAAUGCGGCGCGCUUCAUCAACCACUCAUUGAUGAAUAUCCGGCAGAGCUGGCCUGUGUGUUCGAUGAAGCAUACAAAGCACUAGUUGUAAACCUGAAGUUACCAUGACGAUCUCUCCCAGAACUGGUUCAGAAAGCUGUAUGUUCUAUAUUGUAGGGUUAUUUUAAAGUAUAACAAAGUGUAAAAGACAUAAGACAAUGUGUGAACUUGUCUUUGUUACCUUGUACAAAUAAACCCUGAGUUUGCAAAUAAUUGUAUACAUAUUUCUAAACCUUUUACAUUUUUUAAUGCACUUUUUA